AAUUACGGCAGCUCCUUUUCCAGACGAAGCUAGAUAAACAAACAAAAGCAAGACGUUAUUUUACAGCUAUUUAUGAAUUGGAGAUUAUUUUGACGUCUUGUUAUGUAUAGAUAUGCUUACCAACAACAAACUGAUCCGGUGAAUACCCGGUAGCUCAGGCAAACAAGAGCUAGCAUCCUACUAACAAGUUAACUGGCAGGCUGCGUAGCUAACUUGUUAGCUCGACAUGUUUAUUUUAGUGCUGAGGGGAAGGAGCGCGACAUGAUGGCAUGAACCUAUCGCAGUGCAAGCAAAUAGCUACAGUUGUCAGCUAAAGGUUGUGAGAAACAGGUCAAACUUGGCCAGAGUUUUAACCGGAACUGCACCCCGUAAAAUCUCCACAUCGUCACCAUGGCGUGGGCUCUGAAAUUGCCCCUCACGGAUGAAGUGAUUGAGUCCGGACUGGUCCAGGACUUUGAUGCCAGUCUGUCCGGCAUUGGCCAGGAGCUCGGUGCUGGGGCGUACAGUAUGAGCGAUGUACUUGCCCUCCCCAUUUUCAAACAAGAGGAGUCCAAUCUGCCUCCAGACAGUGACAACAAAAUCCUUCCCUUUCAGUAUGUUCUGUGUGCAGCUACCUCGCCAGCCGUUAAACUGCAUGAUGAAACACUCACCUACCUCAACCAAGGACAGUCCUAUGAAAUUAGAAUGCUUGACAAUCGGAAGAUUGGGGAACUUCCUGAAAUCACUGGUAAAAUGGUGAAGAGCAUUAUUCGUGUGGUGUUUCAUGACCGACGACUUCAGUACACAGAGCACCAGCAGCUGGAAGGCUGGCGCUGGAACAGGCCUGGGGAUCGCAUCCUGGACCUGGAUAUCCCUAUGUCAGUUGGCAUAAUCGACCCCAGGGCUAACCCUACUCAGCUUAACACUGUGGAGUUCCUUUGGGACCCAUCAAAAAGAACCUCAGUUUUUAUCCAGGUUCACUGCAUCAGCACAGAAUUCACCAUGCGCAAGCACGGAGGAGAAAAGGGUGUGCCUUUCCGCAUCCAGAUCGACACGUUUAAAGAGAAUGAGAGUGGAGAGUACACAGAACAUCUCCACUCUGCCUCCUGCCAGGUCAAAGUCUUCAAGCCUAAAGGAGCUGACAGAAAGCAGAAAACAGAUCGGGAGAAGAUGGAGAAGAGGGCGCCACAGGAAAAGGAGAAGUACCAGCCCUCCUAUGAAACCACAAUCCUGACAGAGUGCUCUCCCUGGCCUGAGAUCACAUAUGUCAACAAUUCCCCCUCUCCUGGCUUCAAUAGCACACACAACAGCUUUCCUGUUGCUGAAGGAAACGGGUCGCCAAACCACCAGCCUGAGCCUGUUGUUCCGGUUGCAGAUAAUUUGUUACCCACAGCGACACCACAGGAUGCACAACAGUGGCUUCAUAGAAACCGCUUCUCACCUUUCUGUCGGCUCUUCACCAAUUUCUCAGGGGCAGACCUUUUAAAACUGACCAGGGAGGAUGUUAUUCAGAUCUGUGGGCCAGCUGAUGGAAUAAGACUCUUCAAUGCACUGAAGGGACGGGUGGUACGUCCAAGACUGACCAUCUACGUUUGCCAGGAGUCGCAGCAGGCACGGGAACAGCAACCAAAACAUGAAAAUGGUGAUGCUGCUGCCAACACUUUCUUUGUAUAUCAUGCCAUUUACCUGGAGGAUCUCACUGCUGGUGAGCUGACAGAGAAGAUUGCUCAGCUCUUCAACAUCUCACCCAGGCAGAUAAAUCAGAUCUUUAAACAGGGUCCCACUGGCAUCCAUGUGCUGGUUAGUGAUGAGAUGAUUCAGAACUUUCAAGAUGAAGUAUGUUUUGUUUUGGACACAAUGAAAGAUGACACAAAUGAUGGCUACCACAUCAUCUUGAAGUGAAUACUGGGAAGGAGAAUAGCCCAGCCUUGCUCUCCUCAUUAGACCCAAUCCAGUCAGCCCCUCUAGAGCUUCAAUACUCCUUGCUGAUCCUGGAAUAUAUGGAGAUGCCCCAAGACAGCUCUUGAAGCAGCUAGGAGGAACAUGUGACUGAAGCACCUGGCCCUCUCCUCACUACACCCUACUGUCUUACUUUUGAGGGAGUGACUCUGGUACCACAGCAAAUUAACAGUCUCCUUCUCGCCCUGCCAUUGUCUCCUUUAAAUGGUUGCAUUUUCCUCUGUCGCUUAUGUCUCAAAAGGAGGUUAGUGGCGCUACAGCUGCUGUCGUUGUUUGUUAGCUGAGCAUCUGGUGUGCCAAAGCUCUGUACGUCAGAAUCAACAGUUGUCUCUUUAAAAAAAACAACAACCAAAAAAAAGGAAAAAAAAUCAAGGUAAGGAAAAAGACACUGAUAGUACUUUACUUUCAGUCUGCAAUUCAGCAUGAUUUCUCGUCUUCGUGCUAAGUUGCCAUAUGGAAUACAAGCCAGUCUGCAAGAAACACGGUAAAGCUGACACAGUCACACACAUUGAAUUAAAGAACCACAAGAGGCUUCAAAAUCAACAACCAGGAUGUCAAGGGAAACAGUUGGAAUCUAGCUGUCCUUCAGAACAUCUGAGAUUCCUUUGAAAGCUAGCGAUGUUUGUUACUUUUGAGAAGAAAAGUUUUUCUAGACUCCCGAACCCUGUUAGGUCUUCAUAGUUUGUGUAGACAGCGUCGUGGCACACGUGAUUUUUACUUCGGCAUCUUGAAAGAUGAUAAACACCGUCUGUGUUAGUGAUCACAGUGGCAACACCAGCAAACUGUCUCCAUGUGCUUCCUCUCCUUAUCGGCUUAAUUAGCACACCAGCAUUUCAUUAUGUUCGUUUUUUGGCCAUUUUUGCUCAACAUUAUUUUCUUCAUUUUUAACAUGUUUUUGUAAUGAAUCAUGUGCUACUUUGGCAGUUAUUUUUUGUUCAAAAAAUGGUCUUUUUAACAUACUUAGAUGUCUUCAUCGUUGUUUUUGGAUGUUACCACUUCCAAAUGCUAAUACGUGUUAUAAGUUGUUGUGCACAUGAGAGCUGCAUGUGAAAAGAUAUGAUUAGUUUAUGUUCGGUCCUUUGUACAUGAAAUUGAUAGCUUGAUAUUUUAGAUAUUCAUUUUUUGCCCCAUUUCGUCAGCAUCAUUAAAAUACUUACCCAUGUGCUA